AUGUCCGGUUUAGGCUGUAGCAGGAGUGGUGAUGGCGUGCUGAUUAUGCUACCGGAUAGAGCUACUGCGGGUGAUGUAAGCACGAUUGGCGAUGACGUAAAUGUUGAAACGUCAGAACCACAUCGUAGCCAGUGGCCAUUAGACGAGUUCGAGGAUGAGGCCAGUAAGGACCGUUUCUUUCUUCUUGCUGAUGAACAUUGUCCUUCCAGUUUAAAGGAGUUCUGA